CACUCAGACUGUGGUGCUGCUGUUCGCUGGACGCUUCGAGCAGAGCGACUAGACGAUUAUGGUGGACGCCACAAAGAGACAAAAUGCCGAGGUGUCAAAAGUGGACUCAUUUGUGCUGGCGGGUCUUCACGUUGAUGCAGGUGCUGCAGGGUCCGACCCGCUCGGCUCCCGCAGACAAACCAUCAAGUCAGUGUAGCGUCUCCGUCUCCAAGGUGACGUCCAACUGGGAUUGGGUGCAGCUAACGCUCAGCACACCUGGACGCGGCUGCUCCUUUGCGGUGACGUCGCUGGACGGCCUCGGCGAUGGCAUAGAGUGCAUAGAGGGACCGCCGGACAUCAUCGCUGGGCUAACAGGAAAUGGUGGACAGGUGGAUGAUGAGGGAGGAGUCUUCACCUGUGGGUUGCAUUAUUUGGAACCAGGGAGCGCGUACAUGCUGCAGGUUCGGUCCGGUAGCGGCGAGGACGCGGCCAACGUCACCGUGCACACCAACCCUUCAGCGCCAGCGGGUUUGUGUGUGACCUCCAGGUCCUGUGACAGCCUGGGACUCUCCUGGCAGGCGGGCCCGGGCAGGACACAGCGUUUCAGGCUGCUGUUGAGGGAACAUACCGACCGCCUAGAGGAUUCCGCCCGUCUGCUGUUGGAGAGCACGGCCACGCGACACACGCUCGUCGGCCUGAUUCCGGGGAGACGCUACAACGUUACCAUGGCGACGGAGGCAGGCGGGCUGCAGAACGGCACGACCAUCCAGGCCCAGACAGUCCCGUCUGCCGUGGGCAACCUCUCAGCUGACAGCAACAGCACCUCAUUAUGGUUGUCAUGGAAACGGCCCGAAGGCGAUGUGGACGCUCUGGUUGUCUCCCUGCGGUCCAACAACACGAGCGCGCAUAAGACGAGUCUUCCUCCUGACGCUACGGGGGCCGUCAUUGAUCAGCUGACCCCUGGCUCGGCCUAUAAGGUUACGGUGACAUCUCUUAGCGGCGAGCGGCUCAACCAAUCAGAGAUCAGCGCACAAACAGCCCCGGCGCCGGCAUCUCUCCUCGCCCUGAGCCCUUCCUCCAUCGGGGGUCUCCUGCUGUCCUGGUCGCCCCCUGCUGGUCACUGGGACAGCUACAGGCUCUUCCUAUACAAUGGCUCCCAGCAAUUAGUUAGCACCGCUGUGAACAAGGAAGCUGUCAACUUCACCAUUGUCGGGGCGGGGCUACUUCCUGGAAGGACUUACAGGGCAACGCUGAGGGUCGAGAGCGGCGGCAUGGCAGCCGAGAGCAGCUGCGACGGCGCGACGGCUCCGGCGCCGGCGUGCAACCUCCACAUCCGACACGCAGACGAAACCUCCCUCAGCGCCAUGUGGAACCACGCCCCCUCUGGGUCACGUGACAGCUACUUGCUGACUCUUCGCCACGGUGACAUCGCCAUGGAUACCAGGGAGGUGGAGCCUAACAUGAGAGAGUGCACUUUCAACGUCCUCACCCCUGGGAGGCGCUACACCAUCACUGUGACGACCAGGAGCGCGAUGCUCAGCACGUCAGUGUCUGUGGAGGGGCGAACAGUUCCCAUGGCGUUGAGCGUCAUCACGCUACGCAGCGUCGGCGUGGACAGCCUGCAGGCGUCAUGGGAAAAACCGCGUGGAGACUUGGACUACUACACAGUCGUGCUUCUCAAGGAUGGCGUAGUGGUUCACAACCACAGUCUUCCCGCUAGCUCCGCCUCCUUCCUGAUGGCGGGUUUAACGCCAGGCGCCCUUUACAGGCUGCAGGCCGUCACCUUCAGUGGGGGUGUGGAGUCCAAAGCCACAAGCUUGGAGGCAAGGACGGCCCCAGCAUCUGUUGCCGAGGUAACGGUGGUCAACGCGGGCAGGCCGGACACCCUGCAUGUGUCCUGGAGCCCCGCGGUGGGCGCUGUCGACAGUUACCUGGUCCGGCUUCAGGACGGCAGUCGGAACGUCCACACGCUCGCCGUGUCGCGCUCCUCGCUGCCCGAGUGCUCCUUCAGCUCGCUGGUGGCCGGGCGACUAUACACGGUCGUCAUAGUGACGAGGAGCGGCAGCCUGGAGAACGCCACCCAAGUUCAAGCACGCACACAACCUGCCACCGUGCAGAAUCCUACCGCCGUACACUCGGCAAGAGAAGACUUCCUCAAGGUGUACUGGCGACACGCAGCCGGAGACUUGGACAACUACGUGGUUCUCAUCUCCUACAACCACAGUGUUCUGCAGAACCAGAGUGUGGCGUCCAGCCGCAGUGAGUGCGUCUUCUGGUCUCUGACGCCAGGCAGGCUUUACACCGUAACCGUGGAAACGUGGAGCGGCGCUCACGUCAGCAGUGUGUCGACAGAUGGGCGCACACUUCCAGCUGCUGUGGCCAAUCUGUCGCUAAGCGACGUGGGAUCAUGUGACCUCACCGUCACCUGGAGCCCAGCCCCAGGAGAUGUGGACCACUAUGAGGUCACGUUACUCUUCAACGACACGCGUGUUUUCCCCGCGGUCACGUUGGCCAGCCAUGUUCGAGAUCACCGCCUGUCCUCUUUGACCCCGGGGCGGCGCUACAAGAUUGUGGUGUCGUCAUUCAGCGGACCGAACCAGAGAGCCCAGUUCAUGGAGGCUCGGACAGUUCCCGCCGCCGUGACAAAUCUGCACUUGGCGCCACGCCGAAACCCAAAGGACUCUGGCGGGGGGCUGGUGGUCACGUGGACGCCGGCAAACGGAGACAUGGACAUGUACGUCGCCUCGCUUUCUGCUUCUGAUGGACCUGUGAUGGAAACCCGACUUGUGCCCAAACACGUGGCCUCUUUGGACUUUCUGGAUCUGAUCCCAGGCCAGGCCUACAAUUUUACUAUCCAAUCACGAAGCGGGAAGCUGACCAAUAGCAACACAGCGUCUGGUCGCACAGCCCCGGCCAGAAUCAGCGCUCUGCAGGCCGACAACGCCCACACGACCCACAGCCUCACCGUCACGUGGGAGGGGCCGGUGGGCGUGUACGACGGCUUUGCGCUGCUGGUGAGCGAUGACGCCGGCAUCGUUCAGGUCAAUCGAACGCUCCCGGCUGAGAGCCGCAGCGAGCGCCUGGCGGGUCUGACGGCAGGGAAGUGGUACCGCGUCAGACUGGCGACGCUGAGCGGCAGUGUGGAGUCAUUGGAAGUCACAGCAGAGGGUCAAACACGGCCCGCCGCCGUCACCAACCUGACCGCCACCGCCAACACGUCCUCGCUGGCUUUCUCCUGGUGCCCCUCCAUUGGUCAUGUGGACAUCUAUGAUCUGUCUCUCUUUGCCGUGGAUGAGCAGGCAUCCGAUCACAAACAGGAAGCUAAAGAGAGUGCGAAGGAGCAUUAUCAGCUGGCAGGUAAGCUGGUAGGUGUAGACAAGGUCCAUCCAGGCGUAGACGAGCGCGUGUUCACAGGCCUCGAAGCAGGACGACUUCACCGCCUGCGGGUGAUCAGCUGGAGUCGGGACAUGAGCAGCGAGUCGUCCGUGCUCACCAGGACGGUUCCGUCCCCUGUUGAGCGGCUGCAGCUGGAAAGUUUCGGACAGACGGACAAACUGACGGCGAGCUGGCAGCACGGGGUGGGGGGGCGGAGCAGCUACCAGGUGAUCGUGUACAACCACUACGGAGCUACCUUGGGAGCUCAGCUGCUGGGGGCGGAGCAUAGGAGUCACAUGUUUACAGGGCUGACCCCUGGUUGUCUGUACCACGUUGAGGUCAUCACAAAUAGUGGCGAGCUGAGCAACGUGGCCUCAACGUUUGGACGCACAACUCCAGAACCGCCCAUUCACCUGUCCGUCAAACAAGGCCCAUCCAAUGGCACGCUGGAGCUGUCGUGGGCUGGCCCCGCCUCUGGAGACUACAACAACUUUACUGUGGCGUGGACCCCCCCCGACCGCUUGUCAAUCACCGGAAACCAGCUGACCAGCUGCCUCAUAGGCGGGAUGUUUCCGGGCCGACAGUACAACUUCACAGUGGCAACGGUCAGCGGGGGCGAGGCGAUGGGCGGGCACAGCGUCAGGAGCCAACCAAUUCAAAGAGGCGUUACAACGAGUCCGGCCCCCCUCAAGUCCGUCCACUGUGUCCCCGCGUCGUCGUCAUCUGUGUCGUGCUCCUGGUCUCCUCCUCUCUCCGACUUUGACUCGUACGUGGUGGAGUGUCGUCGCCAUGACGACGAGCAGCUGAUGGCGACGCUGUGGCUGUCGGGCGGAGUCACCACGGUCACGCUGGACCACCUGGGCGCCUUCCGGAGGUACUCCAUAUCUGUCCGGGUGUCGUCCUCGGGGAAGGCAAGUCUGCCGGUGACGCAGACGGCCGUCACGAUGAUAGACCGUCCACCGGCCCCGCCCCCCAGCCUGACCGUGAGCGAGAUGACGGCGAAGGUGACGACGUCCUCCAUCUUGUUUCGCUUCAACUGUUCCUGGUUUAGCGAUGUCAAUGGCGCCGUGCGUUAUUUCGCCGUCAUCGCGGCCGAGUCUGACGCUGGUGAUGCCUUGCUGCCGGAGCAGCGCCACCCUCUGCCCUCCUACCGCCACUACAUCAACAACGCUUCUGUCCGGGCCUACCAGACCGCCUAUUUCCUCAACCGAUGUCCGCAAGAUGCCGACGCCUCAGGCGGCCAGGUAGUGGAAGUCAACCUGGGGGCAGGAGGAGACCGCCUGGGCGGGACCUGCGAUCGUUACCAUGACGACUCCUUCUUGAGUGACAGCUACGGGCACUUCUGUGACGGACCACUGAAAGCCAGAACUUCUUACCGGCUGAGCGUGCGGGCGUACACUCGACUGUUUGAUGAAACCAACAAAGAGUUCCCUCAGCCGCUCUUUAGCGACACCUAUCUGUCGACACCCCUCAGGACACAAGCAGAGCCACUAGGGGGCGUGGUGGAGGGUCUGAGUGCCAGCGUGUUCCUACUUGGCGUGACGGUGGCCGUGGUCUCGCUGCUCCUUUACAGACACAGACUUCAUAAAGUGGCGGUGCAGGAAAGCCCUGUGAUGAGGAUGAGUAUGUGGAAGGAGGUGCCUCAUGCAGGGAUGUACGUCGCAGUCAGGAGCACUCGUCGGGUCGCCAGUCCCGUCAAGGCGUGUCACUUCGAGUCUCAUGUGGUCAAACUCUGCGCCGACGCCAGCUUCCUGCUGUCCGAGGAGUUUGAGGACUUGAAGGAUGUGGGUCGGAACCAGACCGUGGACGUGUCGCGGCUGCCCGAGAACCGCGCAAAGAACCGCUACAACAACAUCCUGCCAUACGAUUCCACCCGAGUGAAGCUGUCGUGCCUCGACGACGACCCGUGUUCCGACUACAUCAACGCCAGCUACGUUCCCGGUCACAACUUCCGUCGCGAGUACAUCGCCACGCAGGGCCCGCUGCCUGGAACCAAGGACGACUUCUGGAGGAUGGUGUGGGAACACGGCGUCCACGCUGUCGUCAUGGUGACGCAGUGCGUGGAAAAGGGGCGGGUCAAGUGUGAGCAGUACUGGCCCGCCCACAAGGAGGCGCUUUACUACGGCGAGCUGGUGGUCCAGAUGACGUCUGAGUCAAUUCUUCCCGAGUGGACCGUCCGCGAGUUCAGGAUCACCUCGGAGAGGAGCGGCGGCGUCCCUCGGCUGCUGCGUCACUUCCACUUCACCGUGUGGCCAGACCACGGCGUCCCAGACAGCACGCACUCCCUGGUCCAGUUCGUCAGGACCGUCCGGGACUUUGUGGACCGCUCGGCUGAGGCGGGACCGAGCGUCGUCCACUGCAGUGCCGGCAUAGGACGCACCGGGACCUUCAUCGCGUUAAACCGCGUCCUGCAGCAGCUGGACACCAAAGGAUGCGUGGACAUGUACGGUUGCGUGUUCGACCUACGCCUCCACCGCCAACACAUGGUCCAGACCGAGAGUCAGUACGCCUUCCUGCAUCAGUGCGUCCGCGACGUCCUCAGAGCCCGCAAGCAUCGCAGCCAACAGGAGAGUCCGCUCUACGAGAACUUCAACCCGGACUUGUGCCGUGAACUGGUCCACACGGGGGCGCUAAGCAUGCACAAGCUGGCGAGAUGAAGAGCGGACGUAGAGUUAGAAAGGAAAGAGUAUGGCGUCAAAACAGUGCCAAAAUCCUCACGCAUAGAAACCACUCUGAACUGUCUAUGCACACGGGCUCAGUUUAAGCUCACACCGACUCCGUUUACCCUUGCGCGGCCUCUCAGUGCGCGCGCUUGGCGUCUUUACUAGAGAAAGAGGGAGACAUACAGGCACAAAAUGAGUCCACACACGUACAAAGAGAGGCCACACCCAGGCUGAGUGUGGUUUUUACAACGGAAAUUUUGGCACUGACAUAAAAAGACAUUAUUUUUAUAUAUUUCACACUAUUUAAUAACGUUACUUAAUGUAAAUAUAUACAGUGCAUCCGGAAAGUAUUCACAGCACUUCACUUUUUCAGCAUUUUGUUAUGGUACAGCCUUAUGCCAAAAUGGAAUAAAAUAAUUUAGACACAAAUUUAAUCCAGACACACAAUACCCCAUAAUGACAAUGUAAAAUGUUUUUAUUUAGAAAAUGUAUUAAAACUAAGAAAUCAUAAUUACAUAAGUAUUCAUAGCAUUUCUUCAAUACUUUGUUGAUGCACCUUUGGCAAAAAUUACAGCUCAAGUCUUUUUGAAUACGAUGCCACAAGCUGGGCACACCUAUCUUUGGGCAGUUUCGCCCAUUCCUCUUUGCAGCACCUCUCAAGCUCCAUUAAGUUGGAUGGAAUUUUUAAAUCUCUCCAGAGAUCGGAUUCAAGUCUGGGUUCUGGCUGGGCCACUUAAGGACAUGUCCUGAAACCAUUCCUUUGAUAUCUUGGCUGUGUGCUAAGGGUCGUUGUCCUGCUGAAAGAGGAACCAUCACCCCAGUUUGAGUUAGAGAGCGCUCUGGAGCAGGUUGUCAUCCAGGAUGUAUUUCUACAUUGCUGCAUUCAUCUUUCCCUCUAUCCUGACUCUAAUCUGCCGGUUCCUGCUGCUGAAAAACAUCCCCACAGCAUGAUGCUGCCAUCACCAGGCUUCACCUUAGGAAUGGAAUUCAGUGUAGGGGUGGAAUUGGCCUGGUGAUGAGCCAUGCCUGGUUUCCUCCAAACAUGAGGCCUGGCAUUCACGCCAAAGAGUUGCAUUUGUGUCUCAUCAGACCAGAAAAUGGUAUUUCAUUUUCUGAGAGUCUUUCAGGUACAUUCUGACAAACUUUCACAAAGGAAUGGCUUCCAUCCACUCUACCAUACAGGCUACUUUGUGGAACAAUUUCCCUUGUGGAUCAUUAAAGUUUGUGUAAGUCUAAGAUGGUUGUCCUCUGGAAGUUCUCCUCUCUCCACGUAAGAGGGCUGGAGCUUUGAUAGUGACCAUCGGGUUCUUGGUUACCUUUCUGACUAUGGCCCUUCUCCCCCGAUUGCUCAGUUUAGACGGCUGGCCAGCUCUCGGAAGAGUCCUGGUGGUUCCAAACUUUUUCCAUUGAAGGAUGAUUGAGGCCACUGUGUUCUUUGGGACCUUGAAAGAGGCAGAUAUUUUUCUGUAUCCUUCCCCAGAUUUGUGCCUCAAGACAAUCCUGACUCGGAGGUCUACAGACAAUUCCUUCGACUUCAUUCUUGGUUGAAGUCAAGUGUGGGAACCUUACAGACAGGUGUGUGCCAUUCCAAAUCAUGCUCAACCAACUGAAUUUACCAGGGGUGGACUCCAAUUAAGCUGUAGGAACAUCCCAAUGAUGAUCAGUUGAUGCACCUGAGCUCACUUUUGACUAGUGAUGGGUCCGGCAACACCGAUGCAUCGGCGCAUGCGUCGAGCUCAUAGAGCAAAACCCUGUGUCGGUGCGCGUACCGCUUUUAGAAAGUCACGUGACCGAUCAUGAGCUGUUUCAGUCACGUGACCGAUACGCAAACUGUGUCGCACGGACGCCUCCUCUGUGCCCUGUGAGCGGGUCUUUUCUACAGCCGGAGAAAUAAUAACUAAGAAGAGAAAUCGUCUAAAAUUUAAUACGUUCGAAAAACUGUUUUUUUGGAAUAAAAAUGUGUAAAAAAAAAUUAAAAAAAUUCCCAGUCCACAAGCAUCGUCAUUCACAACACGUUCUCUUAGAUUUCCAUGUUAUGAUGCAUGUUCACAUUAUUUAUUGACUAUCUAAAAAAGAUAAAAAUAUAUUUUUAUUUAAAUGAAGAUAUGAAAUAAUCCUUAAUGAAAUACAAUGACUUGGUUUAUAUUAUUGUAUAUACUAGGUCAGGGGUGUCCAAACUUUUUCCACUGAGGGCCGCACAUUGAAAAAUCAAAGCUAGCAGGGGCCAUUUUGAUAUUUUUUAUUUUUAAAACCAAUACAAUAUAUGUAUAAAAAAUAUACAUUUAGGCUUCCACUCAGGCUUGAUCCAGGGGAUCCCAAAGGGUUUUGGUCCAAAAAAUAUAAAAAAUGUGUCAUUAUUCAGUAUUAUUAUUUGUGUUAUUAUUCAAGUUUUUAAAUCUCUAGAUCAACAUUAGGUCUAUCUGUCAAUAUAACAUUUUUUAAAGAUUUAAAUUGUAUGCUCUUUUUGCCAAAGAAAACCCUUUUUUUUAAUGAAAAAAACACAAAAUAUGCAAUAUUUUCACCCAAUAAAAUUUUUAAGUGGGAUAUUUGAGAUUAUAUGAUAAUUGGAGCCUUAAAAAGGUCAAUAACUCAUAACACCAUUGAUUUUAAUUCAUUAUUAUUUUUUGAACAAUGACACUUAAAAACUAAUCACACUAAAAUUGUAGGGGAUCCAAAAGGGUCCUACUCAUUAAAGUGUUAAAAAAUAAACUAUAAUUUUUUUUUUUUUACUGUUUACUUUUAACACUAUAAUCUCGAGAUCAACUUCAGAUCUAUCUGUCAAUUAUAAGUUUUAUUGUUGUUUAUGUUUUUUGUUUGUUCGUUUUAGGCCCUUCUUUAAAAAAAACAGCCUGGUUUUUUUACAUGGCAAACACAAAAUAUGCAACAUUUUCCCCAAAAAAUAUCUGUAAAUAUUUAAUGUGACGUAAUUGGAGCCUUGAAUAGGUCAAUAAUUCAUAAUGACGUUGAAUUUGAUUCAUUAUUAUUUUUUAAAGAAAGAAACAGCCUACAUGGCAGCUUUGUGUGAUUAGAGUAAACAUUGCUACAUUUUCUUGUUACAUUUCACCUGUUUGCUCUUUAAAUACCACUUUUAAUGUUUUUUUUUUUUUUUCAAUCGUAUUUUUAAAAUGUGCCGUGGGGCUGUUAAAAAAUGACCUGCGGGCCGCACUUUGGACACCCCUGUACUAGGUCAUAAAAUCAGUGUCAGUUGAGUCGGUCCAUAGGUUGCCUGUAGGGAUUUUUAAUGUCCAGCAGAUGUCAGUAUUUAGUGACACAGUAUCGACACACUAUCAAUACAGUUUUGCAAUGUGUCGAAACGCUUCAUGACACCUCAUCUACCCAUCACUACUUUUGACCUUCACGGCAAAUGCCGUGAAAACGUACUCACAUGUGAACAUUUUCACGUUGUCAUUACGUGGUAUCGUGUGUGGAAUUUUGACAAAAAUGAAUUUGUUGAAUUUUAGUCUAAAGAUGUAACAAAACAAAAUGUGGACAAAGUGAAGCGAUGUAAAUACUCUCCGGAGGCUUCAAUAAGCCAUGGCUGCAAAUGUAAACUUUGCACUAUUUUAGUAAAAAUGUACCUCAUUAUUGACGCCCAAUGAUUACCUUUGUGUGUGUGUGUGUGUGUGUGUGUGUGUGUGCA